UUUAUUCAAUUUAUGCAGAUCUGAAGCAAUUUUUUGUUUGGAUUCGACCAAAACCUGUCCAUUAAUAAGUAUGGAUUCAGUAUGUACCGAUAGCAUGUAGCUAGUCAUCUCCAGGAAAGCUCCUCUGCCUUCCGGGCCUCAUCCUGCCCUGAUGAUGGUUUCCACCAAAACAGCGGUCGGCAACUCGGCUUUGGCAUUUGCGGGAACUACGAGCGUAUUCUCUUCCACCUUAACUCGCUUUUUCGGCCGUGCCAAAGGCGAGUUGAUCCGUACACCGCUGCCACCGCCCAUGUUCGCAUCCGACCAGGAAUAACGUGACACACGGAAGCACUCAUCUCAAAGGUUCACAGUACAACUAACUGGUUAAAUUUACCUGGAUCAAACCGCAGAGGUACAUUCUUAUUCCACGUGUCGGUGCGUAAUCACCGAGGAUGGAGGGUCUCCCUGAAGCUGCGGGAAUGAAUCUCUCGGAGUACAACGAAGCCAAGCAGACCGUUGAAGACUUCUUAUCGCGCGGAAACCAUUUGGUGGAAGUCGGGAGCUACUCCGAUGCUCUGCUUGUCUUCACCCAUGCACUUAGCAUUUAUCCCAACCACGUGCAUUGUUACAUUGCCCGCGGAUAUGUCCACCAAGAGAUGGGAAAUUACGAAAAAGCAGUUGAAGAUCAGUGGCGAGCCGUUGAGUUAGAUCGGAAAAACCCCGUUGCCAGAAAAUAUUUGUCUAUCGCACUGACGGCACUCAGUCGGAAGAUGCUCAUGGCUGGAAAGAUUUCUGAAGCACAAAAACUUCUCACUCGUAGUAUACACGUGUAUCCCGAAAAUACGGAUGCUCGAGAAAUUCUCCGGAACAUCGAAUUGAACUUCUCAACGAUGGGAGACCAGGUCGUGGAUGAAAAGAUUCGCGCUCAGGAUGCGGGACAGAAUGAGCAGAUUUUCAUCGUGCCGAAGCUGGAAGCCUCAGUUCCUCCAGAGAACAGAGUCCCAGGAACUGUUCUGCUGCCGUGUCCGUGGUCUCCCGGAGACCAGAAUUCGCGUAUGAGUGAGCACGAAUUGCCGCAAUGGUUCAACCGAAGUCCGAGCAAACAGGCCAGUAAUGCGUUUGAUACAUCCAUGGCCGAGUUCAUGUCGAAGUUCGACGAUUUGGAGUCUCUAUGGAUGCGUAGUGAAGUUGUUCCGCCCGGGUUUGAGCAAUUACGAUCUGACAGUGGAUAUUCGACGAUGGACGAUCAAGUGCGCCAACAACAAUGGAAGCAGCCCAAAUUUUACCAUCAUAAGGGUGAGAGCAGUUUCAAAGAAGUCGUACCUCGACCAUCUUCUGGUGUUGCUACAUCUGUCACACAUCGUGGAAGCUACGGUCCUUUGGCUCCGUUAACUGUUACCAUGAGAUCAGGCGAAGAAUCCCGACCCAGCGAAGACCUGCUGAUUUCUCCGAAAACCCACUUCAAGCCCAUUCAAGACGAGAUGUUCAACGAUGGCACGACGUUUUCUGCGCCGACGACGAUCGAAGAUCCCGUUGAGUUUGUGCGGGAUGCCAGUGGCGCCUUUCUUACGUUGACAGCUGACUCGGGCUCGAAUUGUGGUUCUCCGAAAAAGUAUAUGGUGUACCGGCGAAGCAAAGGCGAACAAUGGGUAGAACAUAGACAGGCAGAAGAUGACGACGACGAGGAGACGGAUGAGGCGAAUCUUGCACGUGGAGGAACCGUGGAAGACGUGGAACCUUCCCAGAUGACGUUUUGCAAGAAGAAUGGCCCGGGGCAGAACUUCGUACCGAAAUUCAAGGUACACUGCUCUAAGCGAGAGAAGACGUGUCAGACUGAUGAGCGGGACGUGAUGCACGCGAAAGUGUCGAAUGAGCAGUUCAUCAACGAUAUGUUUGUGGGCGCCCCGAGGUCGGGGCACGGGUUUCCGGCGCAUUUCAAUCAGUCACCGCCGAGCCACGCUGAGAAGAUCCAACAAUGCCACUUUCGUGGCAUGUAUGCUACUACGGUGAUCCGAGAUACCCGAGAUAAUAAGACAGAAGAAAUUAUGUAUGCUACUACGGUGAUCCGAGAUAGGUAUUCGUCCUGGGAAGAUGAUGACAGUAAAAAUCGCGCUGCCCCACAAGCCAUGGUUUUUCCAUUGGAGAUGGACGACGCCCGACGGGAAGACGACGACGAAGAGUUGCUCCUGCACGACAUCCAUGUGUUGCGAGAAUUGGAAUUGAAAGGCGACGACGUGAAUGAAGAGGAGGAAGCGGAAGAUUCUGGCUUAACUGACGUCGUUGCGGCGCGUUCGUUUGACAACGCUAAUGAUCAGAGUUGGGAGCAGUCGCCACAAGACGGUUUCUAUCCGAUAUAUUCCGAAGAGGACGGAUACGGUGUGGGCCAUUAUGGUGAAAGCGUUCCUGUUGAGUACUUGGACAGCGACUUGUACGAUGCCAUGUUUGGUCUAGAUGCCUCAAGGCCCGAACUAUUUCUGUCAUCUUCGCUUGGCUCCAAGGUUCGCAAGCGUAACCACUCGGGUGCAGAUUCGUCGUUUCGUAAACAGCGUUUCCGUGGCUCAAAUUGGGCUCCAUGGCAGCGUCGUCCAGGAUCCAACACUAGCACGCCAUUGUUCAAAGAGCGUCCUUGCUCUUUCUUUCUUGAGGGCAGCUGCAAAAAGGAACACGACUGCAAGUUUUCGCACGAUUUGGCGUCGAUUGCUUGCCGAUUUUUCGAAGAGGGCUCUUGUUUGAAAGGGGAGCUGUGUCCGUUCAGACACGGACCUGCGCCCGAAACGCCGCCGGGCUCGUACCAGUUCGGAUCAUCGCCAGGCAGCUCCUUGUCCGCACAGUUUCAACAGUGGAGGGCCCAGCAGAAGUUCGAUUCGAAAGCCUACGAUGGCAGCGCGAGGUCGCUGAAUGAUCAACGUCGCAAGUACUACGCUGCGCGGAACGCGAGUGGGAAACGGCAGCGCCACGGCUCUGCUGCUGCCGCCGUCCAGCGCGAAGCUUCGUACGUGUUGUGCUCUGAGUCGGAUUUUCCGGCCCUUUCGGCGUCUGGAAAAGACGACGGUCGGAGCCCCAACGACACGGUGCAAGUGACGUGCUCUUCAAACGGCCGACGCGCUCGUCAGAAGAAGAAACAGAAAUCUGGUGGACAAGACAACCGAGACGUCGUCUGCAAAUUUCUUUCCGGCAGUCGUCAGCAUCCUCUGCAACAGGCGAUGCAGCAGCAGCAACAGACGUCUCCGGACGCAUUCUUGGAUUUGGAUGCCGCUCUAUUGUCGCUCAUCAUGGAUCCGGAAACUGAAGGAGAAGACGGAGCUGGUGGCAUACAGUCAUCUACGUUUUAUGGAUCUGGGUUCACAGCGACAGCAGCUGCUGCCGGGGUUUCAAUCUGAUGAGACUUUUUUUUUUUUUUAGUUCCUGGGGGACCUCUUUCAGAAACGGACCUUAUGGUCAAGUUGCGGCAGAAGCUGUUUUUCUUUUCUGGAUGAGAUCAUUGAGUCUCGUAUUAGAGCCUACUUCCGGAUGAAAUAGCGAUGAGUUUGUAUGUCACAAAUCGAAAUUUCACGAAUCCCAAUUCUGCAUUUUUCGUCAAUCGUUGAAGGGAAAACCAUUAUUCUCAAUCAAACACAGCUUUUGCUUCAUCUUGACCCUCUGAAGGUACAAUCCUCGUUAGACCGAGAACGAAUCCGUCAACUCUGCGCGACUGGAAUCCGACUGCUGAUUUACUUGGUAAUGGGUGGUGCAAAAGGAGAAAAAAAUGCUGCUGCAGCAAAAAAAAAAAAACUGUUCGUUAGACAACACUUUCUGAGAUGAGGCUUGGUUGCGUGUACCUCGUCGGAAGCGAAUAUACGAGUUCUGGGAGGAUGAAUUUUUUCCUGGGACUCCCAGGAAAAAGUCUGUGCAAGUCACAUGUGGAAGAGUUAGGUAACUAACGGUAUGGUAAUGUUACGAGCUUGCCGGAAGCGAAUGUUCGAUUUUGUUCGAGGUAAGAGUGGGGCUUUUUUGGCGUUUCUGCGCGUGAUUCCAUUCGUCUUGUGAGACUGAAAAUAUUUAUUUAUGAAGUAUAGAUCAUGAAUUUGCUUUAGCGUUUGUCCCUGUUUUCGAUAUGAUAUUAUACGGUAGUUUUAAAAUCCAUGUAAACUAGGAUUCUGUUCGAAACCGAUCGUGUUCUGUUGCAGCGUAUGUUUCAUCAGCUUCGCUAAUCAUUGAAUUGAAUGAUCUUCGAAACGAGAGAGAAUAUUUUUUUUAGUUACUUAUGUUCAAACACAUUAUUUCUGGCUUAGCAGCGAUCAAAGUGUUGCGGAGGUUUUAUGUUCGAGGUCCACGUGAGUUUUAUUUUGGAACAAGGAGGGGGAAAAGCUUUUUGUGCGAUGUAAGAAAGUGAGUGUUUUCCGUGACGUCUUGUGUAAACAGGGAGACGCAUUUAUCGAUCGGAUUCUCAGUUACUUCGUGAAAUAUUCUGGGGUUUCGUGAUGUUUCUUUUAGAAUUGUGAAAAGAAGCAUGAUUAUUUUUGUGAAUGAGUGGAAUUCGUGAGUUUUCGUUGUCGUGGCGUAGUGUGGCAGUUUCUUGAAGGUUCAGCCUGAAGCUUCAGUUUAUUUCUCUUUUUUUGUGAUUUGACAUGAUCUGGGUUUGGUGGGUUGGCAAUUUUGGGGAAAUUCUUCAGCAAACAUAUUAUGGUAUAUAUUCUGUUCCGUUCGUCAUUGGUGUGGGUUUUUCAAUUCAGUCUGCCGAUUUAUUGAAUGGGAUCGUUGACAGAAACGAUGAGUUGUAAUCUUCGCGUAGCUGCGCAGAAAUCUUCCAGAUUGAACGCUACUGUAGUUGUGAAGUGUCAUUGAAGCGGCUUACGAUGGUUUUGGAUCAGCCUGAUGAAGUAACCUCUGCAAAAUUGCUGACUGACCCUGGAAAUGUUUUGUGACUUCGUCCGCGCAAAUGCAGAGUAAUGAAUGCGUGAAGAAAACGUUCUAGUCCGCUGUGGCCCCUCGGGAGAGCCACGAAAUUAGAAGAGAAAUCCUAGUGGGGUGGGUGUAUAUCGUUCCAUCCCAUCAGUAUUGUGUUUGAGCGUCCAUCGCGGCAACUACUGAGGAAAGACGCGAAUUUUUGCUCGGUUGAAAGAGAGGAGGGAAGUAGCUGAAAGCAAUAACCUGGGAAAAUUGAUGUGUGUUUGCGGCUGAUCACCGUUAGGGUAAGCUUUUUAACGAGGCUUCUGCUUGACUCUAGCACACGGUUCACGGAGAAAAGGGUUCCUUUCAUUGUGUUGUUCGGUUGGUAAUUCCUCUGAAUGUACCUGGAAAAGAGAGAGAGAGAAAAAGAAUAGCAAGAAGGGGUUGAAUUGGGUGAAGGACAGGGGCACUUGCACUCAUUAUCGAUGUCCUCAACAUGGGCAUUUCUUCUGAAACUUGAGUUCUACUUCAAAGAUGUGUUGCGAAUCUUUGCAUUUUUUGGUUGACUUUGGGAGGCCCGUAUUUCUGAAGGUGAACGAUUCGUUAUCUGGAUUUGACCUCAAUGCCAUUAUGCGCGUUAAACUGGCCUCCCAGAGUUGUUUGCUGAAACAAAUGCACAUGUAGCAGCCGACAACUCGCGGAACUGGUGUUAAGCACCCAGUCAUGUUUGGAAAAAUGUCCAUGUUGUAUUCCAAUGUGCAAGUCCUCGACAAAAAAAAAGAGAUGAGAAUUUCAUUGACAACUUUGGUUGUCAGAGGGAUUUUUAUUCACAAAUUUCGACUUGGAAACUUCCUGGAAGGGGGAAAAUAUAAUGCUUUGCUGUUGGCCAGAGCCAGGAUUUUUCUGGGUCAUGUGCCUGGUUCUGGAAAGCAGCUUUGAUGUCCCUGGACAGACGCCAUCACAAUACUGUCUCUGGAAAAAUCAAGGGGAAGAGAAGAACCUUUGAGAGACAGAGGAAAAAUUUUUUGACAUGACUCAGGGUCCUCUUACAGAAUUGGGAAAGGAAAUAUGAAGGAGACGAAAUGGUUAACAAUAGGCUUUUCCGCGGUUUUUACCCUCUGUGUGUGUAGGUGACGUGCUUAGGUUUCUCUGCUGCAUUAUUUUUUUGGGAGCACUCGGAAAUCCUCGGCUUUUUGGGGAAAUCAUAAUACCUUUGAUUACAUGCAGCAUUCCCAAUGUCCCGUGCUUCAUUUCAGCCACAGAUUUUAUAUCUCGAAUCGAAGUAAUGAGAACAAAAAAUGAAGAGGAUCUGGAAAAAAAA